GGGCGGGGCUUGCUGCCGCCGCGGCUUCCAAGAUGGCGGCGGGUGCGUGAGCGCGGCGGUCAGUCAGUCGGUGAGGCCGCCGGCGGGAGCAGGGCCGGGGGCGGGAGGGCGCCCCGCCGCCCGCCGCCAUGAAGGGCAAGGAGCGCUCGCCGGCCAAAGCCAAGCGUUCGCGGGGCGGCGGGGGCGGCGGCGAGGACUCGGCGUCCUCCUCCUCGUCGGCGCGGGGCGAGCGGAGCAGCAAGAAGCCGAGCGGCUCCGGCGGCUCCAACGGCAGCGGCGGGAAAGCGGCGGCGGCGGCGGCGGCUUCCAACGAGAGCAACAGCGGCAGCAGCCGGCGCGGCCCGCACCCGGACAAGGCUGGCCGGGCCGGGAGCCGCGAGUACGAGGCCGGGGCGGCGGCGGCGGGCGGCGGCAGCCGGCACAGCUACGGCAGCGCGAAAACCGCGGAGGCGUCGCGGAGCAGCAGCAGCCGCGGGGGUGAGUCCCGGACGGCGGCGGCGGCCCCGUCCUCCUCCUCCUCCGAGUCGGGCGGCGGGGAGUACAAGACGCUGAAGAUCAGCGAGCUGGGCUCUGCGCUGAGCGACGAGGCGGUGGAGGACGGGCUGUUCCACGAGUUCAAGCGCUUCGGCGACGUGAGCGUCAAAAUCAGCCGCCUCCCGCCCGGCACCGGCGCCGCCGAUGAGCGUGUGGCCUUCGUCAACUUCCGCCGGCCCGAGGACGCCCGCGCCGCCAAGCACGCCCGCGGCCGCCUGGUGCUCUACGACCGCCCGCUGAAGAUCGAGGCCGUCUAUGUCGGGGGCGGCGGAGGGAGCAGCCGGCGGCGCAGCAGCCGUUCCCCGGCGCUGCUGGACAAGGAGUCGCCCUACGGUGCGGCGGCUGUCGGGGUGGCGGCGGCAGUGGCGGCGGCUGUCCGGCACCCCCCGGCCGGGGCCACGCAGCGGGCGCUGUCACCCGCCGGCAGCGGCGGGGCCCUGGGUUACCGAGACUACCGGCUGCAGCAGCUCGCCCUGGGCCGCUUGCCGCCUCCGCCCCCUCUGCCCCGGGAGCUGGAGAGGGAGAGGGACUACGGGGGUUUCUAUGAAGCGCGAGUGCGGCCGGCCUACGGGCUGGAGCGGGUGGCCGGUGUGGCGGCCGCCGGGGGCUUUCGUGGCGGAGGAGGGGGUGCCGGAGUCGCCAGCGAGGAGGAGAUCAGCCCCGAGGACGACCAGAGGGCCAACCGCACGUUGUUCCUGGGUAACCUGGACAUCACCGUGAGCGAGUCAGAUUUACGCCGAGCUUUUGACCGUUUCGGGGUCAUCACCGAGGUGGACAUCAAAAGGCCGGGGCGCGGGCAGACCAGCACGUAUGGUUUUCUUAAAUUUGAAAAUCUGGACAUGGCGCACCGGGCCAAAUUGGCCAUGUCAGGAAAGGUGCUUCUGCGCAAUCCCAUCAAGAUCGGGUAUGGUAAAGCCACUCCGACUACCCGGCUCUGGGUGGGCGGCCUCGGGCCCUGGGUGCCCCUUGCCGCUCUGGCCAGGGAGUUUGAUCGGUUUGGCACCAUUCGCACUAUUGAUUACCGUAAAGGGGAUUCGUGGGCUUAUAUCCAAUACGAGAGCUUGGACGCGGCGCAGGCAGCCUGCACCCACAUGCGUGGGUUUCCCUUGGGUGGGCCAGAUCGCCGCCUCCGCGUAGACUUUGCCGACACCGAGCAUCGGUACCAGCAGCCCUACCUGCAGCCUCUGCCUCUGCCACCCCCUGCUCAUUACGAGCUUGUGGCGGAGGCGGCUGCUUUUGGGGCUCACCGGGGAGCCCCACCUGAUCCUCUUCGGGGGGCCCGGGACAGGACGCCACCGUUGCUCUAUAGAGACCGCGACAGAGACCUUUAUCCUGAGACAGAGUGGGUGCCGCCCCCACCCCCUGUGCGGGACAGGAGUAACCGGGCAGCUGCCUACGACCCGCUGGAAAGCUUAGAACGCCGCCGGGAUGGUUGGUCCUUGGAGCGGGACCGAGGGGAGAGGGAGUUGGGCAGCAGUAGCAGGGAUCAGCCGAGGAAACGCAGGCUGGCGGAGGAUGGAGGCCGGCACUUGGACCGCUCUCCAGACAGCGAACGCUCUUCUUCCUCCCGUAAACGUCACUGUUUGACCACAACCUCUCCGCCGGACCGCAGCCCCGAGCUCCUUGGAGGGAGGGAGCGUUACAGUAGUGACCCCGAGCGCUCGUCAUCCCGUUUGCUCCUCUUGGAGCGGCCCUCGCCCGUCCGGGAAUCUCGCCGGGGCAGCCUGGAGCGAGGGCAGAACGACAAGCGCGACCGUAAAAAUUCCGCCGAACGGGAGCGGAAGCACCGCGCUUCUGCGGCAGCCGCCGCGCAGGAGUGCAAAAGUCCGGCCAAAAAGGACGAACGUGGCACGGAAGGAGGUGGCGGAGGCUCCCGCCUCAAACCCCCUCCUCAGAAACAGCAGCAGGACGGGGUGUCGCAGGCUGGGGGAGCCCCCAAGCUGUGCUUGGCUUGGCAGGGGAUGCUCCUGCUGAAAAACAGCAACUUCCCCUCCAACAUGCACCUGCUGCAGGGGGACCUGGGUGUCGCCAGCAGCCUCCUGGUGGAGGGAGCGACUGGUGGGAAAGUAGCUCAGCUCAAGAUCACCCAACGGCUUCGGUUGGACCAACCCAAGCUGGACGAGGUCAAUCGGCGCAUCAAAGUGGCGGGUCCCAACGGCUACGCCAUCCUUUUGGCCGUGCCUGGGGCGUCGUCAGACAACCGCUCCGCAGCCGGGGCCGCCGAGCCCGCGGCCGCCACCACCUCCACGCAGAGGCCCCUCAGGAAUCUGGUGUCCUACCUAAAGCAAAAGCAGGCUGCCGGGGUGAUCAGCCUCCCCGUGGGGGGGAACAAAGACAAGGAGAACAGCGGGGUCCUGCACGCUUUCCCACCCUGCGAUUUCUCCCAGCAGUUCCUGGACUCCACGGCCAAGGCGUUGGCCAAAUCAGAGGACGACUACCUGGUCAUGAUCAUUGUCCGGGGGGCGUCCUAAGGCCCUCGUGCUCUCUGUACCCAACCUGCCGACUCCUCCACGCAGCCCCUCCAGCGUGUGCCAGGUGCUAUGGGAUACAGCCUUAGCCAGCCCCGACGUUAUUUUAAAUUAGAUCUUUGUUUGUAGGUGACUUUCCCUGCCCGUUUUUCUGUUACUACAUUUUUCUAUAAAAAGCGAAAAGAAGUUAGAAGGCAGAAAGGUUGGUUAGCUGUUAGCGUGAAUAGGGUGUUUUGAGAAGCCCCUGUCGGUGGGGGCAGCAGGGAGGUUAGGCCUGCUUUGAUUUACAACAAAAAAAAAGAGAAAAAAGAAAAAAAAGAAAAAAAAAUAGAGGAAAAAAACUGGGGGAGGGGGGAAAGAACAAACUCCCGUCUUCUUAAUUUUGAUUCGUGUCCUUUUUUCAUUUCAUGUAUUUUAAAGCGAGUUCGAUAGCUUAUCCUCGAUAGAGCUACAAACCUAAAAGACCAGAUUUAAAGCACUCGGUAGUUUCAAUGGCAAACCACACACCUCCAGCAGAACUGCUGUCAGCUCCUUGUUUUCCCAGCCCUUCCGAUUUGGCAGCGGCCGCCCGGGCGGCGCGGCCCCUUUCCUGGGGAGCCCCCGGGGUCCCCCGGCUUGCGCAGCUCGAGGUCAGUGUUUUCAGGUGAGCGGCUCCUGCUCCCGGGUGCACUGCACGACAUUUCAUUCCCUCCCUUGGGUGUUUUCUCUACUCGUCCAGCCCCUCGAAUGCAUGCACUGAAAGGAUGCUUUUUUUAACAGGUGUAUUUCUCCUCUUCCUCCGAGUUCUGUUGUAUCCCAUAUAUGCACUUUGGGUUUGUAGAAGUGACAACGUUUGGUAAAUAGCUGAGGACUUUGUUACAAACCAUGAAUGUCUUGUGCUUACUCUGGUAUGCAAGAAACAAGGAGGUGCUUUGAGAAUAACUUUAGUUCUAUUGUGGGGUUUUGUUUUUACUGCCUUUUUUUUCCCAAAGAGUUGCAGGUACAGUGGGGUCUGGUUCCACAGUGCAAACUCUGAGCAGGUGUGCUUCUCUCCAGAGAUGGUUUUAAUUCUGUGAUGAUUUAAUUACAUAAAAGUUCUCAUUAACGUUUUACCUCUUUGUUAAUAGCAAGAAACUGCUGUCUGCUUGGGACUUUUCAGGUACAGCGCAGUGGGCAUUACAUGAGGUUUAUCAUUUCACAGGCGUCUGGAGUAAAGUGUUUUUAGCAUCUCGGAGAAGUAUUAAAUGUGCUCUGAGGUGCUGAGGUUGGAGCUCUGGUUCCUGUGAUUCUAGGAGGAAACAGUUUGCUUUUUCUUUUGAAGAGGAACUUAGUUCAUUGUUUCUUUUCCCCCCACUGGUUGGGCACUUUUCUCCAGCCGUCUCCAACACGGGCAUUGAGGGGGAAGAGGGAUCUAAAUCCCUGUCGUCUUCCCUAACGACCGAAGGGAUGUUGCAGCGACCUUCGAAACCGAAGCGUCAUUAUGACCACAUCUACCUACAGGCCCCAAAAUUGGAAUCUUGCACUUAAACCCAGAAUGUAGUCUUGCACUUAGCAACGUUUUCAGCGACCUGGGCGACGGGAAAGCGAUGCUGCUCUGCUCGGUCCAUCCUCCGAUUUAUUCCUUGGGCAGUUGAUACCAGGGCUGAGUUGAUUUCCAUUUCAACUCGCACGACGCCAAAAUCCCGUUCAAAAUGCAGAAUACUGCACGGAGGAGGAAAUGUCUUGAAUGUAUUUUAUGGGCCCAGCAGUUUGGAAGGUGACUGUACCUGCCUGAGGUUCGCUGUCACAAAGUAGGAAUUUCUGUAAUCCGAACCACUCGUGCUUUGGUUUACAAGGGAUUUGAUUCCCUUUGGCCGCAAUGAAUAGCUGUAGCAUCCCAAAAUUGCGGCGAAGUGAGAAUUUGAAUGUGGCAGCGUAUCUUGAAAACAGAUUUUUGGUUUUAUAGCUACUUCUCUUUCUCAAUGGAAACAUAAAAGCCUCAUUUAAUGCUCUUAAAUAUUUGAGGGUAAAAUCCAGGAUUUCUGGGUUGUCGUCCUUCAGCGUGAAUGUAAUAGAUGGCAGAAUGCAGCUGUUCGUCUUACUAUUAACAAUGAGAUUUUAUUUGAAAUGGCACCGGUAACUCCAAGAACUGUGUUUUAGAAGAUAUGGCGUGUUUACCACUAAUUGCAGAGAGUGUUUUAAUUGGGCGGGUGUCUGUUGCGCGGCGGCCGCUGCCCCGCAGCCCCGUGCUGCCAUUCCCGGCGCCUUUUCUGACGCGAGUCGCCUUCAAGCGCAGAGUCCUGAAGGAAACUUGAGCCGCCGGGAAUCUAAAUCUACCCCAAACCAAAAAAAACCACCCCAAAAACGAAGCACUAAUGUCAUUUGCGUUCAACACUUCAACUUGCUGAGAACAGUGUUCAUUCCGCCGACACGCAGCAGGCACCUGCUUUUAAAACCCGUAAAACUUGGGGUCAGCAUAGCUUGUCGAAGCCAACUCGGUGCGGGAACCUUUUUGGAAAGAGCAUCCGAGGUGUGCUUUGUUUUUCCCGUGUAAAUCGCGGUGGUUGUACCCGCCUUGGGCUUUACGAGUCAACUCUGAGCUGCGCUGGGGGCGAUCAGGAGCAGGCGAGGCCGCAUUUGACUCCAGGUUUUCCGGUUCCUUAUUUAACCGAGUACCUGCUUCUUUAAAUCUGGUUUAUUUGUGGUUGCUGCUCUGUUUUGUAAGCAAGGAUUUUAACACCCUUUGAGGGUCCUUAAUGUCCAAACGUGGUUGAUUGGCGAUGUGUUUUUUGCCGGCACCUCAAAAAGGUUCCCGUGCUGCCGUGGAGGCUGGUGCAGCUUUUCCCUUCGCUCCCAAGUUUGCACCAUUGGAGUCCAUGAAAAGUUGUCUUGGCCAGGGCGGGGGGCAGGUAAAAGCCCGUGUUGUACCAACACCGCUCGUGUGUAGAGCAAAGCAGAUGUAGCAGACCGCAGGUCUUUGGCAUUACGUUGCUCAGUAUUCCUCCGAUCGUCGUGUGCAGCUGCUGUUCCGAUAUUUCAUUAUUUUGUUGAAUUAGCAUGGAAAAAGGAUGUCCUUUUCCUGAAUCCGUUCAUAGCUGGGCUCUGUGCUUUGGGGAAAGAACCUCAAAUGACUCAUACUUUUGUUUAAGGUUUGAUUUUUUUACUGUUUUUCAAUUGGAAACCUUACGCAACUUCCUCGGCACCGCCCGGGGUUGGUUUGACCGGUCUGUGUUCACUGCGGCACGAGCACCGACCUCACCCCCAACUCCAGAAAUUCCAGGGGUUUUGAUUACAAAUACCAACGCAUCCUCGUGAGAGACAGAGAGGAGGGUGUUAUGUGCCAGGCAGAGAAACUUUCCCCUCUCUCUUUAUUUUUAAUUUCACAAGGAUGUUAAAGGAUUGAAAUGCUUUGGUGAUGAAUUGCUCAGCCCCCUGGGAAGAGCUUUGGGUUUCUCACGUGCGUUGAGGAACCAUCUGGUUGAUGGGAACGGAGGCGAAAGGCUUUGGGUAUUAAUGGGGAGGAGGCGGGAAGGCGGGUUCAAAAUCUCUGGGGACUCAGGGAAAAUGGCCGGGAAAGUCGGGAUUCCCGGCUCUGAGCAAAACGGUGUUGAGGGCAGAGCUUGGCCAGAAACCAGAGGGAAGGGAUUCCUGCCGUGGCGCUGCAGAGCCUUUGGGGUUCUUUCCCCUUUGUCUCCCCUUUUCUGCAGAUAGCACCCAAGGACAGAUAUUCCAAUGAUUUCUAAACGCGAUGAUGAAACGUAUUUUGUAUUGGGCUUAAAGCAGAACGUAUGGUUCCGAGAAUAGUUCGUUGAAUAUUCAACUUGGUGCAGUUUCGAUUGUGUGAAAAUGAUGGCUGAGGAGUAUUACUUGAAGGGUAACAGUUUGAAAUUCCAUUAGGUGUGUCUUUGAUUUGACCGUCUCUUUAAUAUUGGAGUUGUCCGCUGUUAGAAUUACGCAGCAAAAUGAGAACAAAAGAGAAACGUGUAACACUACAUUUCAUGGCUUUGUUGAUAAGUUGCCUUCAGGAACUGUUCUUUGAGGAAAGUCAAUGGAAUUACCGAUAAUUCCGUUGGUUUUUCUCAUGGUUAAUUAUCUCGAUGUGUCCCAUUAACUUACCGCAAGUUGAAUAAUCAUCAGUACUGUAAGCCUGGUUUAACCUCGGUCCAAAAAGAAGCCCUGCACUACUCGUUAUGCAUCUAUACAGAGAAAGUGGCUUAAUUUCAAGGUUUCUUGCCCGUGGGUGGAAUUGGUGCUUUUUGAAAUCCAAGUAGAACAUUCAGAAAGGCCUUGUAGCUCUUUAUGUUCAUCUGUAUAACGUAGGAAGGGGAAAAAAAUCAUCUGUUGUGUACAUUUGUAUUGAAAUAACAUUUUCUUUCCUCCUGCAAGCAAAGCUGGUGGACUGCGGAAGACAAGCGCAUGGAUACCAAGCUCUAAUGGACCUUUGGGAAGAGAAGCUGCAGCUUAAUGUGGAAUUUCCAUGGGCCUCUUGAUGGAAGAAAGCUUAUCUGUUUAGUAUUUGUGCAUUUUACUAAAUGGCAGCUUUAAAAAAAAAGUUGUGUAUCUGCUAUUGUGAUGCCAAUGCCCGUGUUUUAAGUGGAAAACUAUGACCUCUUUGCUUUGUGCUGUGUACACAAGAUUGCUGGAAAAAGUAAAGGAAUACCCUUUUUAUGGCUCACACAGCUUAAAAGUAGCUGUCACAAACAUGCGCUCACAGUUGAGCUGAUUUUGUUUCAUUCUAAAUAAAUUGUUUCUUUUGAGGAAAA